UAAAAACUAUUUUUAAUUAUAUUUCUUCUGAUGAUGAGGCACAGCUCAAAAUGUUUGACAUUUCCAUGUUCAUAAUGAGUAUUUUAACAAAAAGUUAUUCAUUUAUUUAUCUUGCUCAUUCAAGAAGUUACUCAGUCAAGAUAAAAAAUAAUCAAACUAAAGAUGCACUAGAUGAUUUGAGGGGAAUAAUAAAUCUUGUAGAUAAUUUUUAUCAUGAUAUUAAUUUGAUAGUAACUGAAGUUAAAUUAGCUGUUGAUGAAUCAUCAAGAAAAAUUUAUGCUUCUGAGCCAGUCAAGCAUCAAAGAGGAGUUACUUAUGAUCGUUUGAGUCAUUUAAUUCAAGCCGAGCCAUUUGAGUACUGGUGUUAUCCACAGGCAAAUCCUGCCACUCAUCAAUUUUCAAGUUUUAGUGGAAUGACAGAGAAUCAGAAUAAUGGACGAUAUAAAAUUGGAUCACAAUUUAAUUGUCAACGAAUUAAAACCAUCACUUCAAUAUACACAAGUUCAAUUGAUCGGGAACGAACGUAUCAUCAUUUUACCAUUGAUUAUGAUUAUUUAGCUUUCUUUACAAAGACACUUAAAUCUUGGGGAAAAUAUGAUCAAAAUUUUUUUUUAAACCGAAGAAAAUUUAUGAAAAAUUGUGAUAUUAAUUGGUGUCAUGUUGAUCAAAUUGGAGUUGAAAAUUCUGUACGAAGAAUUAGCACGAGUCUUGUUUUAGCUUCACCUGGAUUUUGUGUAACAGGUGUACGAUGGUUGAUUAAAAACAAAAUUGUGUAUUUAGAAAUACAACAAGGUAAAAUUUUUGAGGGUCGUAUUGAUCCAACUGUACCAGUUGAAUGGAAAAUAAGUCCAGAAAAUUCCAGCCAAGUUUUGAUUUUGAAUGAAACAUUUAGAACAUUUUAUCUUGAUGAUAUAACACUUCCUGCUCGAUCAUACGUAACAGGUGUUCAAUUUGGAAUGCUAAUGGGUAAUCUUGCAAUGUAUGUCUAUGGAGUAGGAUCAAAUGGAGAGAAUGUAAAUGCUUCUUCAAACUUUAAUAAUAAUAAAUCAAGGUUAAAUAAGCUGCUUAUUAUUUUUAUAAAUAUUCUUGGAUUAUUUACUAAACAAACUUGUAUUUUUUUUGUAAACAGACAAGAGUUAAUGCUUGAUCGUCCUGAUGCAUCAGAGUUUUCAGGAAAAAAUAAUAUACUCAGUGUUCCAGGAAUGCACUACGUUAAAUUUCAACCAACAGAUUUGGAAAAAGAUGCUGGACAAUUAACUGUUCCAUACUUUGAUAUUCAAGAAGUCGUUACAAAUCCACCAUCUCCAGUUGGUGGUGUUGGUACCUACUACAAAGGUUCACCUGGUUUUGGUGGAUAUAUUGGACUUGAAUUACUUCCAGUCAAUAUUUUUCAUCAAUCAGAACUUGAUUAUAUAUCAAUACUUCACAAUGAAACUGAUCAUUUACUAUAA